AGAGCUGUUAUCAUGUGUGGGUGCUGCUGGCCACUUUUGGCACUUUUCAGUGUGCGGUCCUCCUGUUUUGGAUGCCAGUUUGAACGAGGAGCGAUGGCUCUGUACGGUAGCAGGUGCUGCCGCUUUCUCCUGGCCAGACAAACCCAGGCCGGAGUCCGGUCACCUGGGCUUUUGAAACGCAUAACCCGCUGCUAUCCGGAGAAGAUGCAGAGUUCGUAUUCGGGUGCAACGCCAGAAGAAAAAGUGGAACCGUUAUCGCCGGACCCCACUGUCAGUGUCGCAGCAAAAACUGCGUCUGUCCAGGAGCUGGCGCCCCCUGGUGGUCGGAGUAGGGAGCUGUCGGAAGACCCCCAGCCCUUCUCAGCCUUCCUGACAGACCGCUUUGGCCGGCAGCACAGAUACCUGCGCAUCUCUCUGACCGAGAAGUGCAACCUGCGGUGUCAGUACUGCAUGCCCGAGGAGGGGGUGAAGCUGACGCCCCGCUCGCAGCUGCUGUCCACGGCCGAGGUGCUGGCCCUGGCCCGGCUCUUCGUGCAGGAGGGCGUGGAGAAGAUCCGCCUCACCGGAGGGGAGCCGCUCAUCCGCCCCGAUGUCGUCCACGUCGUGGCUGAACUGCGCAAACUGCAAGGCCUGAAGACUAUCGCCGUGACAACGAACGGCAUGAACCUGGCACGGCUGCUGCCCAGCUUGAAGGAGGCUGGCCUGGACCUCCUCAACAUCAGCCUGGACUCCCUGGUGCCCGCCAAGUUUGAGUUCAUCGUGCGCCGGAAAGGUUUCCACAAGGUGAUGGAAGGUAUCGAUAAGGCCAUUGAGCUGGGCUACAACCCUGUGAAGGUGAACUGUGUGGUGAUGCGGGGCCUCAAUGAGGAUGAGCUGCUGGACUUUGUGGCCCUGACGGAGAAGAAGCCGCUGGAGGUGCGAUUCAUCGAGUACAUGCCCUUUGACGGCAACAAGUGGAACUUCAGGAAGAUGGUGAGUUACCAGGAGAUGCUCGACCGAAUCAGACAACGGUGGCCUGAUCUGGAGAAGCUGCCUGCUGGAGAGACUGACACAGCCAAGAUAUUCAAGGUCCCUGGGUUCCAGGGGCAGGUAGGCUUCAUCACCUCCAUGUCUGAGCACUUCUGCGGCUCCUGCAACCGGCUGCGUGUCACUGCUGAUGGCAACCUCAAGGUGUGCCUGUUUGGUAAUGCAGAGGUGUCUCUCAGGGACUGUCUGCGCUCAGGAGCCUCAGAGGAGGAGCUGCUGCAGAUCAUUGGCGCUGCGGUGGGCAGGAAGAAGCAGCAGCACGCAGGCAUGUUCAGCAUCUCCCAGAUGAAGAACCGGCCCAUGAUCCUGAUCGGGCUUGGGAUGCAAAGGCUCUUGGUGCUGCACUGUUUCUCUGUCUCCAGUCUCCGAGGCUCCGAAGGGGCGCUGUCAACACUUGCCGAAUUCAACCCGACCGCAGCUGUUCAACUGCAUCUGUACCCCUGUUUCCACCAAGUAUCCCCAGCAUUGCUCACCACACCGAUCUCUCUCCCUAUUACAGACCAUAUGGUUAAGGCAGACAUUGGGUGCCUUAACAGCAAUAGUUUCUGCACUAAGCAAUUCCUACACUGUGAGGAUUGGGCAAUUGGGCACCCCGGAGAGUUCUGGGUAAUUUCUCGUGUACCAGACAGUGGUACUCACUCUCACACGUAUUCCUGGAACCAGGACGUGACUUUUGGGAAAGACCUUGGACUCGGUGAAGCUGGCAGAGAGGCUUUGGCCGCAGCAGGGUGGGGUUAUGACAAUCUGACAGCAGGAAGCCACAGAUUCUCCUGCCUGGAAACUGACAAAGCUGAGUCAGGCACACGCACAAACAGUAGCAGCCUGAGAGCUCACCUCCAGGAAGACAGAAGCCCUUUUAAUAGAAGUCAGAUCCGCACCAUCUUUACUGCAAGCCCUAGCAAAAGGAGAGAGGUCAACCCUUGUUUAGGAAAGACAGUGAGGAGCCCCUUCUGUCACAAAACGCAUAGCAAUGCCAAAAAUGGACUCCCGUGGCUCUGUUGCAGCACUGAAAGGAAAAUCCACAGAUGGGCACAUGUGAUCCAAACCAGGACACACCCACGUCUUGCCACGCCCACUCCGGCUGUCCCACAUGCUGAAGGACCACGAGCGCUGCUCACGUCAGGGGUGCAUGGGCCUUCUGAUCACCUGACCCACACUGAUGCCCAGGGCCGGGCCUCCAUGGUGGAUGUGGGCGGGAAGCCUGUCAGUCGGCGCACAGCUGCAGCCAGCGCUACCGUUCUCCUGGGAGAGAAGGCAUUCUGGCUAGUGAAGGAGAACCAGCUGGCCAAGGGCGACGCCCUGGCGGUGGCGCAGAUCGCCGGCAUUAUGGCCGCCAAGCAGACCAGCGCCCUGAUCCCGCUGUGCCACCCGAUACCGCUGGACCGCGUGGCCGUUUCUCUGGAGCUGGUGGAGCCGGGGUGGCGCGUCGUCGUCACGGCGACCUGCGUGGCCAGCGGGCGCACGGGCGUGGAGAUGGAGGCCCUGACUGCUGCCUCCCUGGCUGCCCUCGCCCUCUACGACAUGUGCAAGGCCGUCACCCGCGACAUCGUCAUCCAGGACGUCAGGCUGCUCAGCAAGACUGGGGGGCAGAGAGGAGAUUACCACCACGCCGUCCGACCCCAGUGACCCGGAUUAAUCGGAGCAGGAGGACGAUCCACCCUCGCACAGCACAGAGCACGAGAGACAGCGCUGCAGCAUCACUUGCGCAGCACUUAAGCCCCAACCCUUUAUGGUGAAAUGGCGCAGUCAGGUUCUGAAUAUUGGCACUGUGAUCACGACCUUCAGAUUUCCAAACUAGGCACACAGAUGAGACUAGUACGAGGCUGUACUGUAAAGUCUGAACUGAUGCUUUUUGCAUGUCUGCACUUUGGUGGUUGCUGAGGGAUUGCAUGGUUGUCCACAAUUUCUAAAAGAGGAGAUUGCCACAUUGCUUAGAGACUUGAGCGCUGUUAUAAGCCCAGGGAAAACUGCACCGCAUACCUCUUGGAAGUGAUGCUCCAUAGGAACAGUGCUUCCAUAUACAAGUAGUGCUUCUCCUGGUUCACACAACUUCUACGCAGGAUAUUUCAAUGAGGGAUGGAAAUAAUAGGAUCUAGGGUCUGAAAGGACUGAGGGGCAAUUGUUUAUAAAUGUGAAACUAUGCCCCCUGUACCCCAAAAGGGGACGUUUUCCAUCAUCAAGGUAUUCAUGGGUGCAGCUAGCUUAUUCACACUAAGUGCUGUACUGCUCAUCAUGCCAUUUCUGUACUGUUGUCUUGUUCACCCUGAAACUGAACUACCUUGUAAUUCCUCAUUUAUUAACAGACCACAGAGCUUCGUAAGCCAAGCUCAAAUCACAGCAGCUGACCCCUUAGCAGCUGUCACUGGUUCUCUCUACCGUUUCACCAAGAACUGUGCUUUCAGAGUUGCCCUUCUUCUGGACUAUCCUAAACUAGUGAUUUCCCCCUGAAGGCCCAUAUUGUUCUCGAACGUCUGUACAGCUCCCAGAUUAAUCUAAGCUAACGGCAGAUAACUCUGUAAAAAAAACAGUGAUGUGGUUAGUGUGACGUUACAGGUUAGAGGUUUUUCUGCUUCUGUAAGUUCUGCACCUCGGCUUUUUGUUUCGUUCUGCCCACCUGAUGUGUAGCAGCUGUGCGUUUUUCACGUUUCAGUUCGCAGCCAUGAACCUCCACAACCACACACUGGUUAGUGAGGAAGUGUGGGUAGAUACCUCCUCCCUCUCACCUUUGAGCUCAUUUGUUUUUAACACAACGCUUGCAGCAUCGCCUGGUACUGCAGGUUCAAUUCCGACUGGAGGAGAGGUGUGUCCCUCACCGACCGCACUGCAUGCAGAACCCUGGCUGUCUGAUCCCACCCUACCCCUGGCACUGCUCAGCCCAGUUGUGCACUACCACCUGGAGAAUACCAGUCACAGUCAGCUAGUGCUCUGACCCAAUCUCUCUCGAACCCUGAUCUCAGAGCUCAACCUGCAGUCAGUGAAGCACCCUUAUUGCCCAAGACACUCGGGAGGGGGGGCAGCUAUACAGUUGGCUUGUGACCUUACGCACCCUCAAACUCUUGACUACAGAGUCCUUUCAGAGGUCCAGUUACCCAGUCAGCUAGUGACAUGAACAGUCUCAAACUGUGCUCAGGCGAAUGCUUUGUACGUUGAUUAUUAAAGUUGUGCUUCGUUACUGACAUGCAGUAGGCCAUUUACUGCCUUUCUUCUGUAAACCUGUAUUAAAAUGCAGAUCUGGCUCCGCUAUCCAUCCCAUCGCACAGGCCUGGAUGACAUCUCUGUUUUCACACAUGAAGGGAAGUGGAUAUUUUUGGCCAAAUUUGUGUUUUAUGGUAACUUGCUGGAGAUCUGGUUUGUUAUUUUCCAUGUAUUUCUAGGGAACUGGGAAAAUGAAAAACAUUUGGUCUGUUUUUUAAGCAUGACAUGACAGUCUUAGAGAACAGUUCUGUCCUUGAGGGCCAAAAUUCUGCAUUUUUCUGGAAUAUAAUAAAACGUGCCAACUACUUCAAGCAGGGAAAAUAAGUCAAACAGUUCUAAAUUGUUUCAAGCCAGUUGAGGCUUGUGAGAGUUUUCACAUAUAUGAAGCCUUGGGAAAAUGUUAAAAUCUUUUAACUGUAUCAACUGUUACCCCAUCAUAUUUGUAUUACAACCCUUCUCCCUACGUGGUUUUCAAGGGAAACAGUGGUAUGCAUUGAGGGGAUAUUAUAUCAUCUUCUGACCUGUCUGAAGCCACAUGUGCGCUGUAGAUCUCUGGAUCUGGACUGGGGUCAUUGUCCUGGUCUCCUGACGUGGCUUGAGAGAAUUUUGAACAGACCUGCUGUUGUACGUGACAGAAUAAAAAUAGCUGAAAGGAGAGACAGCAUCAUCUAGAAUAGCCAGUAGACCACACGUAGAGUGUGGGCUCUUAAACCCCCAUUCGUGGGAAUAACGUGGCUGGACUGGGACUAUAAAAUCCUCUCUAAUACUGUUGCAUUUCGGGGCACUGUGGGAAAUACACCUCGUAUGCAGGUCUCCUUCAGUGAUCUCCGGAAGUGGCCAUUAUCAUUGCAAUUAAACUCAUCCCAAACCUUCACUGGACUGCGUUCUGACAUCCCUACAGCCCCGUGUUGGAAAUUCGAAACCAGGAAGAGCUGCAGUGCUGUAAGCAUAGAUGCCAAGAGAACUAGUGGCUCAUGAGCCUGUGCUUUAUUACAUAAAGGGGACUUUACCCUUCACCUUCCCAAAUCGAACAGAUCGGGUCAGGUCUGCUCGCAGUCCACCCCCUUUGCUCCAUCGUUCCAGCGUGCUCAUCUUACCUGAGGGCUGUGCCUCUGGCCCGUCACACACCCCUCAUUCCCAUUCUUGGGAGCUGAACAUCCGAUGGACUGAUCCAUGUAUCCUUGGAUAACUAGACUUCAGUCCAACCGUUGCUUUGUUGGGAGUUGUUAAUACCAUAGGCUGGAUUCUGACUACAAAUUGCUGUAACGCUGAUAUAAUCUGUGUAUUGUGGGGGAUAUGCCUUGUUUGUCACUAACCUUAUCUCAAACCUUCACUGAAUUGUGCUGUGACUCCUUGCAUCCCUGCAGGUCGAACUUUUUAUUCAGUUUUUAUUCAGUAUUUUUUUUUACUUCAGUAAAGUAUGUUUCUGGAAGUUGAAAACUAUGCAUAUUGGGACGUUAUCAUAACCUGGUUCAGGUUCAGGCAUGAUAGUUCUUCACAUUAUUUAGAUAAUCCCCAUUGGAAAGCAUCUAAAGUUUUUUUUUUUAAAUGUGAUCAAAAUACUUUUUGAGAAAUGGAAUGCUUUUGCAAAUUCAUGUCAAGAACUCUUAACUGUGGUUGAUGUUUGGACUAUCUUCUCUUCACAACUGUCUUUUACAAAACUGUUUUUUAGGUGAUUUGCACAAUAAGCUAAAUGCAAACAAAUGCAAGGGCAGUUGAGCAUUAAGAAGUCACUAGCUGCCGUUUUUGACUCUGAUAAAGUGACAGAUUGCCCUUUUCAAGUAUAGCAAUGAAGGACAGGGUGUAUUUAAGGAUAUGCAUUGCUCAAUGUUUUGACUAUCGGAGUGAAAUUCCACAUUUCAGUAUUUAUUGCAACAUUUUACACACAUUUUAGAUGUGCUUGACAAGCUCUUCAUAUUGUAAAUCUUUGGGGUGGACUUAAAUCAUUAAUUUAGCAGGUCCUGUGCUGCAGCAUUUCAGGAAUGUUUUCUUAGUAAAGUUCAGCUCUUCUGCUUCUCUUUUUGAAGUUUUUUGCGAUAGUAAUUCCAGGUUUAAUGCUAAAAAAAUCACUGAACACAUCCCAACUACUAUUCUUUAGUGCAAUUUUGAGGGAAUGUCAAAUGCCUCAGAAUUUGUAAUCUACUGUAAUGUUUAUUCUGUAUUUUUGUAUUGUAAUACCAUACUUUAUGACAGAUGUAUUUGACUUGCAAUGCUAUGUUUGUAUACCUCAGUGACAAUAAAGGAAACACUAAUAUGUCCUUGCA